CCUGCAUGAGAAAAUUGGCACCGGUUAACCGGCGGUUCCUUCAGAUCCACAGCGGCCGAAUAGGUGCCGUGGCGGUCCGGGUGCCAAGAGUCUCCUUGAAAGGCACUGGCUUGGCACACUGGACCAACGUCACAGGGCUCAGAUCAAAAAUCCUACCGGCUGCACGCCGAGGGGGCGGGGGCAGGAUAGCGGGAUGCGUCUUCCUAAUGGGAAGUGGACUCGGAAUAUACCAGACAAUGAAGUUCUACUUUCAGCAACAUCGUGCCGAAGAAGAUUUCAGUCAUAUGUUUGAUACCGAGCUGAAGUUGACGCUCUAUCAGUACAAGACCUGCCCGUUCUGCAGCAAGGUGCGCGCUUUUCUCGACUACCAUGGGCUGCCUUACGAAAUCGUGGAGGUCAAUCCGGUCUUGCGCCAGGAGAUCGAGUGGUCUACGUACAAAAAAGUGCCGAUCUUGGUGGUAGACGGGACACAGUCGGUGCAAUUGAACGACUCAUCUGUAAUUAUCAGUACUUUGAAGACAUACUUAAUCAACAAAGACAAAUCGAUCCAACAGACCGUCAUGUAUUAUCCAGAGUACAAAACAACUAAUGCACGAGGGAAGGAAGUGACGGAAUACAGCAACAAGUACUGGGUAAUGCUGAACGAGAUCGAGAUAGAGGACGUUUACCCGUGCAAGACCACUAGGAGAGAGGAGGUAAAAUGGCGGCAGUGGGCGGAUGACUGGCUAGUGCACCUGAUCUCCCCAAAUGUGUAUCGGACCCCUACCGAAGCCCUGGCCUCUUUUGACUACAUUGUGCGGGAAGGCAAGUUUGGCCCAGUUGAGGGUGUCUUCGCCAAGUACGUGGGUGCUGCUGCCAUGUAUGUCAUCUCAAAGUUGCUGAAAUUCAGACACGGACUUCAGGAUGACGUGAGGCAGGACCUGUACAGGGCUGUGAAUGAGUGGGUGUCAGCUAUCGGCAGGAAGAGGAAGUUUAUGGGUGGCCAACAGCCCAACCUCGCUGAUCUGGCUGUGUAUGGGGUCCUGAGAGUGAUGGAAGGGCUGAAGGCCUUUGAUGACAUGAUGGAGAACACCAGAGUGAAGAACUGGUACAAGCGAAUGGAAAGGGCCAUCCAGGAGCAACGGGGGCAGAGCUAGUCCUGACAACAUGAAUGUGGAAACACAAAGAGGCCAAUCGUAUACAUCUUCCAUCCCUUCUACGCAAUACACUGAAUCAAUCAGCACUCACACCCCAAGGUGACGUUUGUUUUGAGCAGCCGCAUAAUUUUAUAUGUGGAGCUGCAGUGUUCUACUGUUUAUUUUAUUUUUUUUGGCAAGAAGCCUGGU